AGAUUGCAUCGUUUUAAUGAUUUUUAUGGUAAUUUAACUAGCUUUACAAAGAAAUAUGGCGGUGCAUUGGCCCGUGCGAAUAACGGAAGACAUUAUACUAACCAAACGGAUAAUGAUCCUGUUGGACAAAAAAAUUCUUGGUGA